AUGUCUGACACAACAACAACCAAAAAUACUGGAUUUCGCAAAAUAUGCCAUGACCUGGAAUCGAACCAGGUCCAGCGUUUAGCCAUGUCGUGGUGUCCGGUACCGAAAAGUCAGUCUGCUCAGUUGGUUGUCCGGCGGUUUAUCGUGAUGUGUCGUCCCGGUUAUGAGAGGCUGACGUCAACGUGUCACAAUAAAAGAGCAAGAUAUGAAGACCUGGAAAGAAGUGAAAGAAAUGUAUCUGUUCAAAGAAAUCUCAUGGAUAUUGAUUUUGAAACUACAUCAAACCAACAAACUGGACCCAUGGAAGCAAUGGGCGGUCAGACCAGCUCGCCUGUUUGGGAAGGAGCCCCAAUUUCUGACAAUGAGAUUGCUUUUAGCAAUGAGUCAAACGGCAAAAGCAGUGAUGGUGAUGAAAAUGACAAUGACGAAAAAAGCAAUGGCAAUGAAGAAAGUGAAGACAAUGAAGAGAAUAUUGUUGAGAUUGAAGUCAAAGAAUUCAAUAAUAAAGAUCUUUUUGCCACCCCAAAUAUGCCUGAAAAUCCGGUACACAGGUUUAUUGCUACUUUUGUAGUAAUGUUUGCUUCCUGCUAUGUGGUCAAUAAGGGCGCUGUUAUCUUAAUCAAGUUCAUCAACAAGCUCUUGUCAAUUUACAAGCAGGAUUUCCAAUUGCCCGUGAGACUUUCUGGUCUCCAAAGCAUAACAGGAUUCUCAGCCAUGACAAAAGAGAUUAAGAGAUUUGUCGUGUGUCAGAAUUGCCACAAGGUGUAUGAGGAAAGUGUAUCUGCUCCUUUGAAUUGUGAUUUCGUAAAGCUUGGUGCACAUACUACCUGUAAUUGCAAAUUAAUGGUCCAAUCAUUGUCUGGUGAUUUGGUCGCAAAAAAGUCUUAUGUAUAUCAGUCUCUCACACAUGCUCUUAAAAUUCUUUUCCUCCGUCCCAAUUUCGAGCAAAAGAUCAUGCACUGGAACCAAGAAUUCAAGAUCACUGAUACAUUGUGUGAUGUUUAUGAUGGUGAAGCCUGA